CGGAAGUGCUACGUUUUAUCUGCAAUGAAGAUGCUGGAUGGUUUGUUGGCAAAACAUUUCAAGCGAGCCACGAGUAAUAAUAGCUUACGACAGUUAGUUUUGAUGAUAUUUGUAUAGGACGUAACAACGCUGGCGAGUACGAUGUAGGAAAUACGAUUCCUAGGAAUAGAAACGUGCCUGCUGUAGUCAUCAAGACAAUAAAGAACAUUGUCUUUUUCGAGCUAGCCAGCAUUAGCUACUAGCCGUUUGUGUUUUGUUCGAUUUCUGCAAGGUAGGGAUCAUACUUGCUAGAUUGACAGGGUGUUGCAUAACACCCCGAUAAGAUAACCUGGUGCCUAACUAGCUAAAUCGUUUAAGAUCAUCAUACAUUUUAGCUAGAUAUUAAACGGACAAAAUGGCUGUUAGACCCCAGUGCAGCUAGCUUUGGCUAGCUAGUUUUGACGUCAGUUCGUUUUUUUAUAUCAUUGUUUUGUUACACUUUGGGGUAUCUGUCUAGCUAGAUAUUAAGCACCAACAACUAUUUAUAUCUAGCCAUCAAGCUGACAAAACAUCUGGGUAACUAUUGAUCCGAAAGUUUGCCAACCUAGCUAUCUAGUUAGAUAGAUCCUGCUUUCAGAGAACUUGGAUUUCAGUGCGCCAGCUACCUGACAGGCUUAUUUUGCUAUUAUAAGCUAACGAAAGCAAAGCUGCGAUUAUGUCUAUGGACGACUUCACUUCGAUCAGCUUGCUGUCCCUGGCCAUGCUGGUGGGGUGUUACGUGGCCGGAACCAUCCCAUUGGCUGUGAACUUCUCAGAGGAGAAGCUGAAGCUUGUGACGGUUCUGGGAGCAGGUCUGUUGUGUGGCACAGCCUUGGCGGUCAUCAUCCCUGAGGGUGUACAUGCCCUGUAUGAGGAGGUCCUGGAGGGUGUUCACCACCCCCAUGCUAGCGUUCAGGUGGAGGGGGUGGCGGUGUCUGAGCAUAAGGACGGUGUGAACACAGCUCUCGGGAUCAGCGGGGAGCACAGCCACGACCACCAACACCUCCAUGCCUACAUCGGCGUUUCUCUGGUCCUGGGGUUCGUCUUCAUGCUGCUGGUCGACCAGAUCGGGAGCUCUCAUGUACACAGCACCGCUGAAGACCCAGAGGCUGCGAGGAUUGCCAGCUCAAAGAUUACCACCACCCUGGGUCUGGUAGUACAUGCAGCAGCGGACGGCGUGGCCCUCGGAGCAGCUGCCUCCACCUCCCAGACCAGCGUGCAGCUCAUUGUCUUCGUAGCCAUCAUGCUGCAUAAGGCCCCAGCUGCCUUCGGUCUGGUCUCUUUCCUGAUGCAUGCUGGUCUGGAGAGGAACCGCAUCCGUAAACACCUGUUGGUUUUUGCCCUGGCCGCCCCUGUCCUGUCCAUGGUGACCUACGUGGGCCUGAGCCAGAGCAGUAAAGAGGCACUGUCAGACGUGAACGCCACUGGCGUGGCCAUGCUGUUCUCCGCCGGGACCUUCCUGUACGUCGCCACCGUACACGUCCUGCCUGAGGUGGGCGGGACUGGACACAGCCAUGCCCCCGCGCCUGGGAAAGAGGCAGCUAAGGGACUGAGCAAGGUGGAGGUUCUGGCCUUGGUGGUGGGCUGUCUCAUACCACUGGUGCUGUCUGUUGGACACCAGCACUAGACAACAGAACCGGAGGGGAAAGGAGAAACUCAGAGGACGGAAGGAGGGAUGGAAAAAGGGAGUUUGGAUUGGAAGCAGCCAAACAGAAUCCUGAAAUGUCGCAGUUUUCUGAUGUUCUUUUUAUCUGUUCGUUUAUGUUGCUGGACUGCUGAUUGGUUGGAGUGGGGUUGACCUUGUUGCCGGGACAACAACCUGCAGCAGAAUCAGAUCUACACUGGAAGGCAGAAGAAAGGGGGUGAUGACGUUGUCAGCGGCAACCUUCCUCUUGUUCUACGCUGAGCAGGAAGGGGUUUCUGUUGACACUGAUGACAAGGCACUGUGUAUAGUACUAUCAUGUUCUCCUGUCCUCUUAGCACACGUUUAUGGUCUCCUUUUCGUUUUGUCUCUGAUGGAAAGUCCCUUAACAGUUGGGUUUUUCCCUAGAUGGGCUGUACCCAGGCUGAUGACAGUCAUUGGAUCAUGCUUGUAUACUGCUUCAGUCUUUCUGAUGAACUGUCUACUGUGACCCCUUUACUCAAGUUGUUAUAUUUUUAUUGGACUGGCCUUGAAGAAAUGUAGGGGGCUUAAUUUGAAAUCUAAAUGAACUAUCUUACUCAGACACAAACCAAUUUCAUUAGUGUAGGAUGAAAGUAGAACUGUAUUAAUAUUAUUGCUAGUGGAAACUGUAUCUAUUAAGUGACAUUCUGUGAACUUUGGCUGGAAUAUCAGGCUUAUCCAUCUGCUCUACUGUUAAGGGAGAUUAGACAUCAAUCUUCCACAGACAUUAACUAACCUUUCAACUCUCGGUUAAAUGGUCACUCUGAAGUUAAACAAUAAAAAAGCAGGCACUCACCAGUUUUUUGGUGAAUGGCUUAAAGCAGUGGUAUUCAAACGCAUUCAGCGGGGACCACAUUUUCUCUUGGGUAGAAUUCUUUGCAUGUCGUUGCUACGGUACGUUCAGUUUUCCAUUGACUUACAGUGUAACUUUCAGUUCAUGAGACGUUCAUCUAAAAUACAUUAAAAUAAAGUGAUUUUCUAACUCAACUAAAUACAAAUGUAACUACGUUAUAAUGUACGUUAUACUUACUUGCACUCGUAGUUUUUUGGUCCAAAAUGUUGGGACCCUGUCUUGGAAUGCCACUGCCUUAAAAGAGGACAGCCACAUAAAGGGCGCCUUGCUCCAGCACUUUUCUGAACCUCCUCGCCGAGACACCACAACAUCUAAACCCUUCAUAGUCUUUUCUGAAUUACUCGUCUUUUGUGCUUACUUUCCAAUAUUUGCUAGUUUUCUCCUAACCUGUUUUCUUGGUAAAGGAAACAAGGCUUGAUGAUUGUAUAGAUUACGGAUUAAAUACUAGCCUUUGUGGUUCAGAUGGGGUGGGGGGGGGGGCUUGUACAGUUUAGGUUUAAAUGGUUUCAAAUGUCUGUAGCUAACAUCUUUCCUAUAUGAGGGACCAUCAAUAUGGACUGUAUGUGGCCAUACAGGGUCGGGCAUCUUUGGUCCGUGCUGAUCUGUCUGAUAGUCUUGUCUGUAUCAAGGAAAUGCCAUUUGUAAUUGGUCCAAAACCAAGCAUCAGAGUUUAUAAUAGGUGGUUUUAUUUUCUUUCUCUUUGAUUGCGUUCAGUCGUGUUUUGUCCAUAUAAGAAUCGUAGUGUGUAUUGUUCAAAAGGCUUGCGCCGGUGAUGACGACAAAACAGUGCAGGUUCAGGUAUUGUCUUUGUCCAUGGCGAGAUCUCAAAUGGACGUGGCUGUUUCACAUCUCUGGAUUUGGCCUAAAAUGCUACGUGUCCUGAGCAGUUGUGAUAACUGUUGUCAGCCCAGUUCAGUGAGAAAGCCAUUGGAUUAGACCCAAAUGGUGCCCUGCCCGCUAAAGGGCACAUCAGUUCACUAGGGCUGAAAGCAGUUCUCUAUAUCGGGAAUAUGGUGCCAACUGAGGACGCAUCCACAGUCUCAUCAGAAAAUAAGUUUUAAAUAACUUGCCUGCAUUAAGAUUGACCUGGUUAUCUCUGACGCAUUUACCUGUCGUCAGGUUACUACAGCACUUAGGGGACCUGUUGGUUCAUAAUUUCCCGGGUUGUCUCCCUGUUCCCUACCAAUUACACUUCUGACCAGAGCAAUAUUGAUAGUUCUGCUUUUAAAGGGAAUGGAAUGCCAUUUGGAACGCUUUCUUUCUCCAUGCUUUAAAAAUUUGAUUGUAGUCCAAAUUGUUGGCUUUGGGUUCAAGUUAGCCGUCUGACACAACACUACUCAGGAGAGAAGCCCUUUUGGUUGUUGUGAAGGCUGGCUGCCUCGACUCAACCCUCGUUUCUGAUUGGCUGGGUUUUGUAGGUGUCACUGUAACCAUGCCUACCAGCAGAUGUGUGUCUGUACAUGCAGGAUGUAUGUAAUGUAUAUAUUGAAACUGUACAUAUGUUUUUCCACACCGUUAAUAGUCUCGUAUGGGGAGGCGACAGUAACUUUUUCAGUACUGUACUAACACAUAGGUCAUGUGGCUUUUGGUUGUAUUUGGCUGGUUGAUGUGCUACCAGCUAGCCAGGCUACACGGCUCAGGGCAAACAAGGUUUAGAGUCUUAAAUGUAAUUAAAAAAUGUUAUUGACUGAAGUUGAAAGGGGAAUAUUCGGACAAUGUCUGAAAGGUGUCUAGGUGUCAGAAAUGGUAUGAUUGUGAUCCUGCAGCAAAUAUAUCACAAAAUGUAUGUCAUUUGUCACGAUUGAUUGGGCUUCAAACAUUUAGGGCCGAUUUCACAGUCACAGAUUAAGCAUGGUCUAGGGCAAAAAAUUUAAUAAAUCAAGCUCAAUGGAGAUUUCCACUGACCUUGUUUUUCUCUAGUCCCGAAAUAGGCCUGAUCUCUAUGUGCAGAACCAGCCCUUUAGUUUUUGUUAUAGAAAGUGAAUUUUUCAUAAUUCCACAAAGAUAUGUGUACCUGGCACUUCACUUAGGAACGGGGUAGGACUUAUGCUGUAGCCCUUACCUCACUGUGCUCAGUGACUGUCUAACUGUUAAGUUAGAAUGAUUUACGGACCUUGACACAUUUAAGGUAUUUGCCAUAAUUCCCCUUUAAGCUUUCAAUUAAAUAGUUUUACAUGGUAAUAAUAUUUUAACUUCUCAAUGUGUUCUUAUAAGAGGACAAGGCGACAAGCCGUGGGGCUCGGGAAGUCUUGCUUGAAAAUCGGGAAGGUAAUACACAAAUUAGUUGUUUAAUGAUGAGAUUUCAUGAACGGACUGUAAGUCUGUUCUAAAAUGAUGCCCCCCCCCCCCCAUAACUGUUGGUCACUAAUAAAUCUUUUGGGUGCUCAGGGGAGGUGGUUGUCUGGUCCCAAAGGUUUAUAGUCAGAGCUAGUGCGCCAGGUGGACAAUGGGGUGACAUUUGAGUAGCAAGGGGCGUUUGUCUGUGGCUGGGUCUGGUUGAGAGAUUUUCGGGGGGUCAAAGGUUAGCGAGAGAGGUCACUGUUUGGGGGUUCUCUUGUGAUCAUUCCUUAAGGAGUCUGCCUUAUUUCUAUAUUUUGAUUGUGCAAUGUAAAACCGUGUUCUUUGAUGAUUAAAAUAAAGUUUUUUUUAAUUGGUGCAAACUGAA